UUCGUGGUGAUUGACAGAGUGAAAGAAGAAGAGUAUUUUCACGUGUUCUUGCUUAAAGUUAGUUUUGAUUCCCGUUUCCCUCUUCUAAAAUGGCUCUGAAAAGGUUGAAGACUAAGAAAUCCAAGAGGUUGACCGGCCGCCUGAAGCACAAAAUCGAAAAGAAGGUGCGUGACCACAACAAAAAGGAACGUCGCGCUGCCAAGAAGAAUCCCAAGAAGGGCAGCAAGAAACAGAAGCUUAUCCAGAUCCCGAACAUAUGUCCCUUCAAGGAGGACAUUCUCAAGGAGGUGGAGGAGGCAAAGCAACGCCAGGAGGCCGAGCGGCUGGCCCGCCGCGAAGCAUUUAAGGUGGAGCGCGAGCAGAGCAAGUUCAAAUCACUGGAGACACUGGCCGAAGAUGCGGACAUGCGGAGCACCGUGCACGGAAUAAUGCACGAAAAUGAUGACCUGGAUGCGGACGAAAAGAAGUACAAAAAUGCCGUCACCAAGGAGCAGUCCUUGAAGCAGUACUUCAAAGAGUUCCGCAAAGUCAUAGAAAACGCCGACGUUGUACUGGAGGUGGUGGAUGCACGUGAUCCCUUGGGAACCCGCUGCAACGAGGUGGAGCGCGCCGUGCGUGGUGCUCCGGGAAACAAGCGCCUGGUCCUGGUGCUCAACAAGGCCGAUCUGGUGCCCCGUGAAAACCUAAACAACUGGAUCAAAUACUUUCGCCGCAGCGGUCCCGUCACCGCCUUCAAAGCCUCCACACAGGAUCAGGCCAACCGACUGGGGCGUCGCAAGCUGCGCGAGAUGAAGACGGAGAAGGCCAUGCAGGGCUCCGUUUGCAUUGGCGCCGAAUUGCUCAUGUCCAUGUUGGGCAACUACUGCCGAAACAAGGGCAUCAAGACCUCGAUUCGUGUGGGCGUCGUGGGCAUCCCCAAUGUGGGCAAGAGCUCCAUCAUCAACUCAUUGACCCGAGGCAGAUCCUGCAUGGUGGGCAGCACGCCAGGAGUGACCAAGUCAAUGCAGGAAGUGGAGUUGGAUUCGAAAAUAAAACUGAUCGAUUGCCCCGGAAUCGUGUUCACCAGUGGAGCUGAGAACUCACAUGCUGUUCUAAAAAAUGCCCAGCGUGUGGGCGAUGUAAAAGAUCCCUUCACUAUUGCCGAGAGCGUUUUGAAGCGCGCAAGUAAAGAUUACUUCUGCACCAUGUACGACAUUACGAGCUACGACACAUUCGAGGAAUUCUUCGCCAAAAAGGCAGCCAGAAUGGGAAAAUUUCUGAAAAAGGGAGUUCCCGAUGUUGUGGCCGCCGCGAGAAGCGUGCUUAACGAUUGGAACACAGGCAAAAUCAAAUACUGCACACAGCCACCGGAAGUUCAGGAAGCCCAGAGUGUGCACAUAAGUGCCUCAAUAGUACACUCCGAGGCCCGCGAGUUCGAUGUGGAAAAUUUCGAGUCCAUGGAGACAGAGAUCCUAGAGCAUUGCGCUGUAAAAACUGAUGACAUUAUGGAGAUAACGUCUACGGGACCACUGGAGAUCAGACAGCCCCGUGAGGAAGAGGAUUCGGCUACAAAAGCGGCUGCAAAUGUGAUUAUAAACGAGAAGGAAAAGCCAGUAAAGGGUCGCAAGAGAAAACUGGAUGAAGAUAAGGAGAAGGUUGAUCCCAGUCUGCUUUUGGAUGAAAAUCAAUCCCUAAACAAAGGCAUCAAACAACUGCAGAAGCAAAAGAAGAAACAAAAUGUCCGUAAUGAGAAGAAAAUCUCCAAAAUUACAGACGUUCUGGAUAACUUUAGCUUAGGUUCGUCAUCUUCAAAGGCAGAAAAAUACGAUUUUGAUAAGGAUUAUGUGAUUGAAUAAUUUCUGCCUUAGUUUUAAUCAUUAAAUAAAUCUGUUGAUGAUACACUAUAUAUAGAGAAGUGUAAUGUCUCUGGAAAAAAAUGUAAA